UCUCUAUCCUCAGUGGUCAAAUUCUGGCCCUUCUCUCGUUUUUGAUUGGUGGUUUUCCGGGCCUCCCACUCACCUAAUUGGAUGUUCUCACCGAGGCCGUUAAUGGCUGCUGGGAGACGAGAUGAGAAUUCUGGAUUACGCCACCAGGGGGCACUGGCGGGCUUUCACAAGCGCUGCUGGGCUGGGAAAAACGCGGAUCUCAAACGCAAAUACUUGCGGGAGUUAGAGACGCUGAGAGGAAGAUAGCAACGCGGGCUAAUGAACCUCGGUCUCCGGGUUGGGGAGAAGCUAGGAAGAAGGGCGACUGUGAGAAACUGAGAAUGCCUGUCCUAGUCAUGAAGAAUGUCACCUUCAUGGUGCCAGGUUUUCAGAUUUCGUUCGUAAGGGAAGUUGAAAAUCUGCGAUUCCGUAAAUAUCUCUGCUUUUAUAUGUUGGCAACUAAUUCAGUAUUUUUAACGGUUGCACAAAUCCAACAUAUCACAUAUACUGGCCCGCGAGGGUCAUCAGUUUGUGAUCGUAUGGGCCUUGGAUAGCAAGAGUUUGUUAAAUGGGGUCUGGUUUAUGGGGUCUGAAGUGCCACGGUGUCAGUGGGUAUAAUUAUAGUACCGACCUCAUAGUGGUGUGAUGAGGCCGUGAGUUAACAUAAAGGUAAAGCUUUAGGACCGUGCCUGACACCUCGUAGGUACUGUGAAAGUACUAGCACCGCAUCCCAGCAGAACUGUGAGCUAGUACAGUUGUCCCCUCUUUCUGUUGAGCCUGUAGCACUCAGACAUUAGUAGGUUUUCUCAGAAAAUAAUUGUUAUGAAUCAGUGGGUUUCCACGUUUUUAAUUAAAAACACGCCUGGGGUGCAGAAAGGUGACUGAUGCUGUUCUGGAAAUCAGUCUCGGGAAUAUUAGACUCUUAACCAAGCCUAGGUUUGGAGGUGCUGAGAGGAGGAAGUUUUUACCACUGAGGUGUUCAAGUUUGGAGGAUCAGGGAGAGACUCAGUACAAUAAAAUAUAGAAAUACAGUUGGAAUGAGAGGUUAUGUUCAGGUUUGGGUCUGUUGGGUGGGAACUGCCAUGGGAAGGGGAGGGGACAGUGGAAAUACAGGGUUGGUGUUUGGGAAUGAGACCCAGGCUAGGGUCUUGGUGGGGGUGGUAAUGGUGCUAUACAUAGUUACUCAUUCACUCAUUCAUUCCACAACUAUUCAUGAAUAUGCCAGGACUUCCGUGGUGCUCCAGUGGUUAAGAAUCCACCUUACAAUGCAGGCAAUGCCAAGUUGACCCCUGGUCGGGGAACUAAGAUCCCUCAUGCCUCAAAGCAACUGUGCCCACACACUGCAACUAGAGAGUCCAUGCGCCUUAAGGAAAUAUCCUGCAUGCUGCAACUAAGACCCGGUGGAGCCAGAUGACAUAAGUGAAACUAGUUUACGUGGACGUUGACUGAGAGUCAGGCACUUACAAUCACAUAUCUCACAGUCUCAAGAAUGAUAAGGAACACUGGCUGCUAUCUGGUCAUUACUGAGCUACAUGCUUUACCUACAUAACAUGAUCUGGCUCCUACAGCUCCUCGGGAGUCAGCUCACUUGUUACCUGCAUGUUAUGCAGAAGGAAAGUGGAGGAAGACCGGGGAGCUUGGCCAAGGUCUCAGCCCCGGGUAAGCGGCUCAGGAGGGCUGAAGGACACUCACUCACUCUGGUUUUCUCUUGAAAAUCUCUCAUGUGUUUCUUUCUCUGUGCAUUUUUUAUUACUGUGAUCCUCAUGCUGCACUGUCACGUGACUGCUUUCUCACUGCUUUUUCUACCCAGACAGUGAGCUAGAUGUGGGCAGGAAACAGAUCUCUCUUGUUCAUCGAGUUCUCCCCUCCUUUGGGAAGUCUUCACUCACCAUCUCAGCCUAUGCCAGGUGCCUCCUGUGGGCCCUCAGAGCUUGUUGUGUUUCCCCCAUUACAGCCCUGGCCCCUCUGUCUCUACCUCCCAGGCUGGCCCACUCUGGGCUGCCACUGUCUGAUCACCUGUCAGUCUCCGCAGUUGCCUAGGAACCCAGUGAGGGUAGAAUCUGAGGUGCUGUCAGUCCCUGUUAUGUCCCAGCACCACCCAGUCCCAGAACUGGGCACAGAAAGAUAUCAGUCAAUAUUUGUUUGUUGAAUAGAUAAACGAGUGUGUUCCACAGUUGCUAUCACAGUCCUGUAUUACUGAUGAAGAUACAGAAUCACAGGUAAUUUAGGUGAUUUGUCCAAGUCAACAACUAGUGAGAAAAUAAGCAGGAAUUUGAAUCUGGGCAGCUUGAAUCCAUGGCCUGUGUUCCUACCCAGCUAUGCCAGAUGCCUAUCGGUCUGAAAACCAGCUUUCCACGAGGCUAUCUUCUGGCUCUUUUCCCCAGACUUGUUCUUUCCUUCUAGAAAGGUGCGGGAGCUUUGGGCAUAAGGGAGGCGAGCAAGCAGCAGAGUGGGGAAGGUAACAGGAGUGGGAAGAAGGGUUUUGAAGAGAGUGGGGUUUUGAGGGGUUUCUCUAGACCCAUAGGGGGCAGCCGGAGUCGGCUGUCGGAGGUGCGGGGGCGGAGAAAGGGUGGGGACCAGCCCCGCGGGGGGCGAUGCGGUAGCUGCAGCGGCGGCCGCAGGAGUUUCCCACAAUGCAGCGCGGCGCGCUGUCCCCGGUGCUGAUGCUCAGCGCUGCCCCGGAGCCUCCGCCGCGCCCGCCUCCCGCCCUUUCCCCGCCGGGCCCCAGCCCCCGCCAUGGGUCGGCUCGGUCCAGUCCUACCCCAGAGGCUUCGGGAGCCCUGGGUGCGGCGCUCGACAGCAGCCUGCGGGCCGCCGUGGCAUUUAAGGCGGAGGGUCAGCGCUGCUACCGGGAGAAGAAGUUCCGGGAAGCCAUCGGCAAGUAUCAUCGAGCGCUGCUGCAGCUGAAGGCGGCGCAGGGAGCCCGCCCGGGAGGCCUGCCCGUCCCCACCCCCGGGCCCGCCACCAGCCCAGGGCCAGCCCGCCUCAGCGAGGAGCAGCGGCGCCUGGUGGAGAACACAGAGGUGGAAUGUUACGACUCCCUCACGGCCUGCCUCCUGCAGUCGGAGCUGGUGAACUAUGAGCGGGUGCGCGAGUACUGUCUCAAGGUGCUGGAGAAGCAGCAGGGCAAUUUCAAGGCUACCUACCGCGCCGGCAUUGCCUUCUACCACCUGGGCGACUAUGCACGCGCCUUGCGCUACCUGCAGGAGGCCCGCAGCCGGGAGCCCACAGACACCAACGUCCUGCGCUACAUCCAGUUGACUCAGCUCAAGAUGAACCGCUGCAGCCUCCAGCGGGAAGACAGUGGGGCCGGGCCCGGGACUCGGGACGUCGUUGGCUGAGGCCAACCUGGGGGGGGACUGUCCCUGUUCCCCCCCACCCCACCUCACCUCACCGUGUAACUUCCCCUGACUCGUGUUCUCUGGUAAAGCACUCAUCACUGGUGACCAUAA